AUGAGAACGGGGUUCGAUGGUCCACUCUCUGCACAGGAGCAGAUGUUCAUCCUUUAUGAAAUCAAACUGCAGUGCUACCAGAACCUGUCCAGCCUCGAGCCGGGCUCCACAGAUGAUGUGUGCGCCCCAGACUGGGAUGGUCUCAUUUGUUGGCCACAAGGAUCCCCUGGGCUGGUUUCCAAGGUUUCCUGUCCGUCUUACAUCUUUGACUUUAAUCACAAAGGACACGCGUACAGGAAGUGUGACGGCAACGGCUCCUGGGUGUUUGUCGACCGUUGGAACAAAACAUGGACCAACUACUCAGAGUGUCUGCGCUUCCUUCAGCCCAUCGAAGAGGAAGAGAGACGAGACUUCUUCGAGCGACUCUACGUCAUGUACACCAUCGGCUACUCUGUGUCCUUCAGCUCGCUGCUCGUGGCCAUCUUUAUCAUCGGAUACUUCAGGCGUCUUCGCUGCACCAGGAACUACAUCCACAUGCACCUGUUUGUGUCCUUCAUGUUACGAGCCGUCAGCAUCUUCGUGAAGGACAAGGUCGUCCACUCCAGCGCCGGGCUGCAGGACUUUGACUCCGCCCUUUUGGACAAUCUAAAGACAGUUAGCAUAGCAUCUCUGGACAAGUCUCAAUACAUCGGCUGCAAGGUGACCGUGCUGCUCUUCAUCUAUUUCCUGGCCACCAACUACUACUGGAUCCUAGUGGAGGGCCUGUACCUUCACAGCCUCAUCUUCAUGGCCUUCAGAUCGGACUCGAAGUACCUGUGGGGCUUCACGCUCGUCGGAUGGGGUGUUCCAGCAGUCUUCGUGGCAGUGUGGGCGAUUGUCAGGGCGACACUAGCAGACGCGAGAUGUUGGGAGUUAAGUGCCGGCAACAUUAAGUGGAUCUACCAGGUUCCCAUUCUGACAGCUAUUGGGCUCAACUUUGUCUUGUUCGUGAACAUUGUGCGAGUCCUGGCCACGAAAAUCCGAGAGACAAACGCUGGACGAUACGACACCAGGAAACAGUACAGGAAACUAGCAAAGUCCACCCUCGUCCUUGUGCUGGUGUUUGGAAUCCACUACAUCAUCUUCGUGGGGAUGCCUCAUACGUUUGAGGGGCCGAGCUGGGAGGUCCGCAUGUACUGUGAGCUGUUCUUCAACUCCUUUCAGGGUUUCUUUGUGUCCAUUAUCUAUUGCUACUGCAAUGGUGAGGUCCAGACAGAGAUAAAGAAGACGUGGACGCGCUGGAACCUGGCCUUCGAGUGGGAGGGGCCUGUGGUCUGCGGCCGCUACCGGUACGGCUCCGUGGUUGUGGGCAUGAACAACAACAGCACCAGCAGUCACUCCCACCUGGCCGGGGCCGGGCCUUCCACACGCUCCACCACACUGGUUUCAGGCCAAAUUUAUCGGCGCGCAGGCCCCCCCGUGGUCAGCUUGCACGCCACUCUCCCGGGUUACGUGUUCAGCAACUCGGACCCGUCCAUUCCUGAGGAGCCUGAGGACAGUGGCCCCAAGCAGGUGGACGACAUCUCGCUGAAGGAAAAUAUGCCAGUUAUCAAUUCAAGUGCAACAGCUGAGGACGAGGAGGAAACACUGUAG